AUGUUUCGCUUCAGGCGGUACCGUAUGCUACUCAUUUGCGCUUUCGUCAUUACCAUGUUGCUCUACCACGUCUCCAAGAACUCUCAAUGGGAUCGUUCGAGUGAGUUCUGGCAUGGCGGGGCCGGUCUAAACGUUGAAGAGAGACCCCGGCCUUAUUCACCACCGGCUUCGGAACCGGUCCACGGACACGAUCACAACAACCAAGCAGGCACCGACGUCGGCACUAACGGUGACGAGCACACGUUCGGUCCCCACGAUAUCGACCACCCAGAGGAACCGCAACGCGGGUCUCCACCGCCUCCGGCGCCCUCUACCUUAGACCCUGAGUCUACCAUCCAAAUUGCUCAGCUCAAGUCUGUCGACCAGGAAGGUGCUGGAUAUGGCUUACCCACCAAAGCCCCAACGGUGCCCGGCUGGAAAACGCCCAACAACCACGCCGAACCCCAAGAACAAAAUAAGGUCGUCAGUACUGAGGCAGCGGCUACUACCUCUACUAUCCAUUGGCAAAAGCCAAAAGAAUGGUUCCCGGUUCCCAAGGAGUCCAUCAUCCCGCUCCCAACCGGCAAGCCGCAGGCCAUCCCCGCGAUACAGUUCGCCUUUGCCGAAGAAUCGCCCACGGACAAAGAGAUACGCCUAGGGCGCCUGGCCAAGAUUAAAACGGAAGCCCAGCGUGCCUGGUCUGGGUAUCGGGAAUAUGCAUGGACUCAUGACGAGCUCAAACCUGUUAGCAAAAAGUCCAAAGACCCCUUCUGCGGCUGGGCGGCAACGCUUGUCGACACCCUCGACACCCUGUGGAUCAUGGGCAUGAAGGAUGAGUUCGACGAGGCCGUCGAAGCGGUCCGCGACAUUGACUUCACCACAACCCCCUACCGCGACGAUAUCCCCGUUUUCGAGACGAUUAUUCGGUACCUCGGUGGCAUGGUGGGUGCCUACGACAUGACAGGUGGCGACCCCAAGUACCGUAUUCUUCUCGACAAAGCCGUCGAGCUUGCCGAGAUUCUAAUGGGUGUCUUCGACACGCCCAACCGCCUACCCAUCCUCUACUACAACUGGAAGCCCUCCUACAACAAAAACCCGAGACGUGCAUCCAGCCACUCUGGCGUCGCCGAGAUAGGAUCCAUGACCAUGGAAUUCACCCGCCUAGCCCAACUGACUGGUGAAGAUAAGUACUACGACGCCAUCGCACGCAUUGUCGACGCCCUCGAGGAACUUCAGAACCGAGAACACGGCACAGCUAUCCCAGGUCUCUUCCCCGAGCAUCUCGACGCCUCAGGGUGCAACCGAAGUGCACCGCUACCGCCCGGACCACAACACAACAGCCCCGGUACUCCGGAACAGGUCGUUGUCCCUCCACCUCCUAACACCGGAUUCCGCCGCGGCCCUCAGGCCCGGAGGCGGGAACCGAGGCAGAAACGGGCUGCCACCCCGAACAAUGGCCCCACUACGCGUGAUCCAGAGGAAUUUCCCCCGGGUUGGGAGUGUGUCCCGCAAAACUUGACAGUCGGCGGCUGGGGCGGCGGCUCGUUCAGUAUGGGUGGUAACCAAGACUCGACCUACGAAUACUUCCCCAAACAAUACCUCAUGCUCGGAGGACUUGAGCCCAAGUACCGCACCAUGCAUGAGAAAACCGCCGAUGCUGUGAAAGAGUACCUCCUUUUCCGCCCUAUGGCCGAGGGCGACCCGGACAUUUUAUUCUCCGCGAAGGCAUACAGCAGUGAUGGCACCACAAAGAAGAUGACGUAUGAGUUCGAGGUCACUCAUUUGACCUGUUUUCUAGGUGGCAUGUUCGGACUCGGUGGUAAGAUCUUCAACCGACCAGAGGACGUCGAGAUUGGGGAGAGGCUUACCGACGGUUGUGUGUGGGCGUAUGAGAGUAUGCCUGCCGGGGUGAUGCCCGAGCACUCCUUCGUUGUGCCUUGCAAGGACCCUACGGACUGCCACUUUGACAAAACCACGUGGUACAGGGCAAUUGACCCUACCAGUCAGGAAACGCGCGAUCAGCAGAUGGAAGAUUACAAGGCCAACAUGGCUAAGUGGAAGGUCAAUGUGGAAAAGGCCAAGGCAGAGAAUGCAUUGGCUGAGGAACGCAGGCGUCUGGCGGCAGUCGCGCCUGCGAGGGCCAACGAUGAAACAGAAGUCGUGGGUUCGACGAAAACCUCGCCCGUGGAACGUAGCACUCUCGAGACCCGCGAUUUCCCAUCAUAUGAGACUGCGCCGAAGCCCGGUGGAAAGCUUCAGGAUAUUAUGGAUGCCGCUUCCAACAACGUGAUCACAGUUGCGGAUCAGCAACCCCUAGACGAGAUGCCUCUGCCCAUCGAGCCGCUCCGUCCACUCACGCACCUAGAAUACGUGGAAGACCGCAUCAAGAAGGAUCAUAUACCACCGGGCUUCUCCAAUCUCAGGGACAAGCGUUACAUUCUCAGACCCGAAGCUAUCGAGUCAGUCUGGUACAUGUACCGCAUCACGGGCGACCGCUCCUGGCAAGAGAAAGGCUGGCGUAUGUUUGAAGCCGUUAUCCGCGCGACGCGCACUGAUGUGGCGCACACUGCCAUUCGUGACGUGACCACAAAAGAGCCGGGGAAUGAGGCCGACAUGGAGGACAGCAUGGAGAGUUUCUGGCUGGCUGAGACCCUCAAGUACUUUUACCUGCUGUUUGAGACGCCGGACGUGGUUUCGCUCGACGAAUGGGUGUUGAAUACUGAGGCGCAUCCAUUCCGGCGACCGAAGUAA